AUGUCGCCGAGCAGGAAGACGCGCCUGAGCUGCAAAAUUUUCCUGCGCGUGAUCCUGUACUACAUGAAGAUCUUCGGGGCGCUGACAGUGGCCGUGAGCAUCGAGGGCAGCAAAGUGUCGUACGGCGCCUCGAGGCGCGGCACCGUCUACAACGUCUGCCUCGUCGGCCUGAUCCUCGCGAGCGGCUACUUCAGCCUGCUGAUAUCCUACAACGGCACCUUCCAGGAGCGAGCCGAGUUCGAGCGCAUCGCCGACACGCUGCAGACCUUCUUCCUGACCUUCGCCUCGGUCUACGUGCUCGUGUUUUACUGCGCGAGGCAGAAGCGAGGCCUGCAGCUGGCCACGGGACUGAUGCGCGUCAGGGACACGACGGCCAGCUUUCAAGCGAACGAGACGAAGCUGGCCACGACUCUGGCCUGGAUCUGGCUGCUGAAAAUCGCCACCGGCCUGCUCUGGGACUUUACGACGCCGUCGCACGAUCAGCUCUCCGUCUACUUCAUCGGAGUGACUCUCAGCAACUUCGUCGUCAGCACGAUGACGAUGCAGUACAGCUACGCCCUGGUCAUUCUGAGGCACUCGCUGCGGGUGAUGAACCGCCAAUUCGCCGGUCUCACGAUGGAAAAUCUGUUUCUGACGACGGAGCUGCGCAAGAACGGCGACGAGCGACGCAGCCAAUUCCGAAAGCUCCAGCGACUCUACACCUCCGUGGUGAAGCUCUCCCGGGAGUUGUCGGACUUUUAUGCCUCGCCGAUGCUCGUCAUGUCGAUCAACGUCUUCUUGACUCUCAUCAUCUACUCGUACUACGUCGUGAGGCCCAUCGUCUUCAUCGGCAGUCAGGGUCUGAACGAACACCAGAUCAGCCUCAUGGUGCACUGCACCGCGUCGUUGAUCUUCUACGUGAUGGGUAUGGUCGUUUUAACGCGGUGCGUCGCUACCACCGAGGCAGAGGGUAAAAUGACGGGAGAGAUCGUGAACGAGUCAUUGAACAACGUCAGCAGUCCUCUGUUCAUGGAUCAGCUGAAGCAAUUCUCUUGCUACCUGUACCACGCCAACAUACAGUUCAGCGUCUAUACAUUUUUCCGACUCGACGAGUCCCUACUGAUAUCGAUUUCAGGCUCCAUCACGACGUACCUAGUCAUUCUGUUGCAAUUCAAGGAGAGCAGCCGUCAGAACAACCGAUGA